GGGGUGCCGGUGAGCAGGGAGGAGUUUUUGCAGCGAGCGCAGCAGCAGCGGGAGCGGCAGCGGCGGGAGCAGGAGCAGCAGCGGCAGCAGCAGCAGCAGCAGGAGGAGGAGCGGCGGCGGCGAGCAGAAGAGGGGGAAGAGGAGAGGCAAUCACGGCUGCCAGGGCUCGAGGUUUUUGAGGACAGGGGCGGCGCGGCGGCGUCAGCAAUGGAUAUCGAUGCGAGCGGCGGCGGCGCCGCCGCCGGCGCGGGCACGGGACCCAUGGCGGCCGUCGCGGCCGCUGAGGCCGGCGGCGGCGGCGGCGGCGGUUUUUCGCUCGGCGUGGACAGCGGCGGCGGCGGACGGGGCUGCGGCGUGCCCCUUUACGACUCCAUCUCAUACGCAUACCCCGGCUUGGGGCUGGGGCUGGGGUUGGGGUUGAGCCUCGGAGAAUUUGGAGAGGCACAGCCGGCGGCCACCGCCGCCGCGCCGCCGCCGGCUUCGGAGGUGGGGCGACCGGCGCCGUCGGGGGCGCCUGCACAGCCGGCGAUGCUGGAGGGCAAUGCCAUUGGGGAAGCAGGGGCUGCGGGCGGGGCGGGGAACGGUGCUCCGCCGCACGCGACAGACACUUUGCCGCAGGGGGUGUCAGGGGAGUGCGGGGCAGCGGAAGCUAUGGAGGUGGAAUUCGAGCAGGCGGCGAGCGCCGCUGCCGCAGCGGCGGCUGCGGAGGCGGCGGCGGCCAUGGCAAACGCGCCAGGGUUCGGCGCGGCGGCGGAGCGGCGCUCGCUGGCGGCCGCCCCUGAGAGCAGCAGCAGCGGCGACGAGGGGGCGGGGGGAGGGGGGGUGGCGUUCGUGCGGGUCGGCGGCUCGGCAGGCGGCGCCGCCGCGCGGCCGCCAGGCGCGGCAGCUGCAGCUCCGGCGGCCGCGGCGCCAGCAGCCCCGCCGCCGCGGCCCGCGCCAUCCGACGCCGCGCCGCCGCCGAAGCCGCCGCUGCUUCUGGCGAGCAAAAAGGCGGGCAGGCGCGCGGCGGCGCAGCAGCGGCAGCAGCAGCAGCAGCAGCAGCAGGCGCCGCCCAGCACGGGCGACUGGGCACUGGAUUUGCUGCUUGGGGGCCGCGCGGCCGACAUCCCCAAAGCCGCCGGCGCCGCCGGCGGCGGCCCCGGCGGCCGCGGGCGUGGCCGCGGACGCGGCUGA